AUGUCGGGAUUCCCAAAGCUUAUCCCAGCCUUUACGGCCCAGGUCCCGAUCACCGCCCCGACCUCGAUCGGCAGCACCCGCUCCGGCGGUCUAGUCCACGCCGGCUUCGUGCCCGACGCCGGAUCCCUCAAGUCCGAGCCUGGCUACCCCGUCCAGGUCGACGCCGUCUUCGUGCACGGCAGCGACUACAUCCGCCCGGACCCGGAUCAGCGCCACGUCCGUCUCGAGGUCAGCAGCCUCAUGCGCGACGCCAAGUCGGGCGGACACUUCAGGUUCGACUACAGGGGUACCGGCUCCACCACCGGCCCGGCAGGUCUGGUUCUUGCCGGCAGCCCUGAGGCCAAGACGACUGAUUUUGGGGAGGUUUUCACACAAGUGUCGUUCGAGACCGACAACGCAGAUCUCAAGGCAAUGUCCGAGAAGGUGUAUAUCGGGUCGGGCCGAUUCAUUCUCGAGGAGGGCAAGCCUGUCAUCGUUGAGUACAAGAUCAGUGAGGUGGCUGCCUAG